AUGUCUCCCGCUCUUGCUCCGGCCGGCGCUGGUGCCGCCUCGAAGGAUGUGAAGAAGGAAUCCGCCACUGCCCGUCUUUUGGGUUCUGGUACCGCUGGAAUUGCGGAGUUGAUGGUCUUCCAUCCUAUCACCUCUGCCGAAGUCUUCAACCAGGUCGUCUUCAAGGAGUACGCCACUGCUUCCGUUGGCCGCAAGUUCACCUCGCUCUUCCCUGGUCUCGGAUAUGCCGCUGGUUACAAGGUCCUCCAACGUAUCUACAAGUACGGUGGCCAGCCUUUUGUCCGUGAUUACCUGGCUAAGCACCACGGUGCCGACUUUGACAAUGCCUUCGGCAAGGGAACCGGCAAGGCCAUCAUGCACGCCACUGCUGGAAGUUUGAUCGGUAUUGGUGAAAUCGUUCUCCUCCCCCUGGAUGUCCUGAAGAUCAAGCGUCAGACGAACCCCGAGGCUUUCCGUGGCCGUGGCCUCUUCAAGAUUAUUUCCGAUGAGGGUAUGGGACUUUACCGCGGCGCUGGCUGGACUGCUGCCCGUAAUGCCCCUGGAUCUUUCGCUCUCUUUGGUGGUUCCGCUUUUGCCAAGGAGUACAUCUAUGGCCUGAAGGACUACAACAAGGCCAGCUGGGGCCAGAACUUCGUUGCCUCCAUCUGCGGUGCCAGUGCUUCUCUGAUUGUUUCGGCUCCCCUGGACGUGAUCAAGACCCGUAUCCAGAACCGCAACUUCGAGAACCCCGAGUCGGGCUUCCGCAUCGUCGCCAACAUGCUCAAGAACGAGGGCCCGACCAGCUUCUUCAAGGGUCUCACGCCCAAGCUACUGAUGACCGGACCCAAGCUUGUUUUCAGCUUCUGGCUGGCUCAGACGUUGAUUCCUGCGUUCGGCCAGGUCGUAUAA